AUGCCCUUGUCGAAGAAGGGGGUGAGUCAACCCGGCUGCCCCGAGAACGCUCUCCCGAUUCGACGUUAUCCUUGGUCACGUUGGAGAACACCCGUCAAGAAAGCGAGCCUGAAAGACGGCGAUCUCCGCCUACCUUUCACGGGAGGCUUCUGAACGAAGCCAGUUCCCUGCGGGAAAAAAUCCCGGCGAGGGGUCUGCUGAUUCCGCCAGAAACGGAACCCUAAACCUGCUCCCUCGUUCAAUCUUUCUCUUCAUCUUCCAUCGGUGUCCCCAUCGACGGGGUGCCCCCGGGGUCUUUCCUGACGCGUCAACGUCAUCGCGAAAGAAACAGGGAUUCGUCUUCCGUUAUUUGGAAAUUCUAGAAACCUGACCAGGGUGUUAAUAGGAUGAUGAUCGGAUGCUUGGAGAGGAGGGAAGAGGGGGGCGACGGCUCUCUUGGUCUCUUGUUCAAUUCUGACUUUUCUUUGGGGGGGUUUAAUAUUGGAUAGAGACCCUCGGUUUGGUUUUAAAAAAAGCUCGGUUGGCUUUGCCUUACUCGGUAAAAGCUUCGAUAAUGUUCUCCCCCCCCCUCUUCUCUCGUCUCUCCCGGACAGUUCUGGGAGUCUCAGGGAAUGUAUAAUAGAGAACUUGAAUCAGCCUGAGAAAAACACAGCGUGAGAUCCGUCGUGAGUACAAAUCUGGUUACUGGGUUGCGCAAAAUUCUUCAAUUUUGCUGCUGUUGUCAAACUGAAUUAUAUAUUUUAACGCGUUGAAAAUAGGAAUUUUGACGACUCGCCUUAGUCACUGGCCGCGUAGAAGAUGAAGAUAAGGAGUAAGGAUUGCUUGGGUGGCAAGUCCUGUUAACUUGAAAAAUUGUGAGAAGCCUCUAAAGACUAAUUGUUUAUUCGAAGGAAGGAGAGAGAGAGAGAGAGAGGAGCGCGGAAAAAAAAUGCUAGGGGUCGGAGGAGAUCAUCAAUGAGACGUAGUCAUCGUCAAUAAAUAAUCUUCUCUGGGACAAAGUCAUCGGCCGGAGCUGCACCCCACCAAACAAAUUCCCCAUCGGUUCUCUCUCCUUGCCCAUCUUCUUCUCCCUUCCUCUGAGGAAGAUACGUGUAUGAAAUUCGUUCUUGAGCUCCUGAUAAUCAGCCUUGGGGCCCCUUCUCGACAUUAACUCGUCUCUCUCCCUCUCUCUCUAUGUGAGCAGAAACCUCACCCGAGGUGAUGCAGGCUAGUCAAGGCCAGGGCCAGAGAAGAAGGUAUCGCUCCUAUCUGGCAUGCUUCGAAGGGUCCCCUGUGGCCGACUCGGAGGCGCAGCGAUCGGUUGCCCAACGGAAGGAGGGCUCUCUGUUUACACUGUCUCGGUUCCGGAAGAAUAAGGAAGCCGUGCAAGUGGACAACUCUUCGGUGAAGGAGGUGAUUCCGGAGAAGACAGUAUCCAGCGGCCAGCACCCAUCCCUCCCCGGCGCAGCUGAGCCUGUUGCCGAGGUGCCCAUAAAGACGAUCCCCCCCGCGGAGAUGACAAGAAAAUUCCUGUUGAAGAAGAUUUUGAAGGUAAGAACGAUCACCCGUCUUUCAGAUUCCUAUUCGUGCAGUUAGGGUUGACUUUUAAGGGCUCGAUAGGGAGUCCCAUAUCGAUCGAAGAACCUGAACUUGAUCUUGAUGUUUAUUCGAUCCAAAUUCCGAUUUUUGACCACUAAUAUGCAACCAAGAAGAAAGUCCUCCCAUCCUGAGAGUCAUGUGGCUUCCUCUGACCACCUCUAGGCCGGCGGCCGACAAGCGGCGGAGGCCCGCUGUGCCGGAGCUAUCCACUUAAUUCCCUAAGAGCUUCCCUCACCCAACCACCCUCUCGAUACUGACCAUCCAUUAAACCAGUCCAAGAUCCAUCCUUAUGAAACGCUCGGCAUGAUCCGAUCUCCAGCAACGAUGCUCUUCUCUGGUUAAGGCGCUAUUGCCCACAUUAUCAAAACCCAAAUUCUCCUCCCUCGAGGUCUAGACGAAGGUAUCGCGUCUUUCUAUUGGGCAUGAUCGGGUCUUCAUUAAUAAAACUGCUCCUUUUUCCCGCGAUAAUUUCGUACGCCGUGAUUCCCAGACCUUUCCCUAUAGCUGAUCGAUUCCGCACGCGGUUCCCUUUCUUGCUCUCAGGCACUGGUUUCACGGCACCACGGCGGCGACGCCAGCUCAUUCCCACCGGAGAAGAAGAAGAAGCAGAAGCGGCAGCCGCCACCGCCUGCGCCGGCGCCGCCCCGCCGAUCGGACUCUCCCAGCACAGACGUUCCCCGCGGAGCGCUGUCUGACUCGCCACCACGACCUUCUCGAGGAACCUCCGCCGCCCCCGGGGCCGCCGGCGGCGGCGGCGGCAGCAGCAGCAGCAGCAAGCCGGCCUCUCCUCGCGCCAACGCGCCGCCGAAUCCCACCGCCAGGUCCUGCCUCGGCGGCGUUGCAGGAUCAAGCAAGGGGAACAACAACCAGUUGGCGGGGCUGUCCGUUCUUGCGGUGGUGAUGGUCGUGAUGCUUCUCUCCGGCCGCGUGAGCGCCAUUAUCUGCACCUGCGUUUGGCUCUACUUCCUCCCUCGCCUCAGGGUGCCCGCCACCGGGACCAGAGAAGGAGAGCCGAAGACCCCCGAGUUGGACUUAGACUCAGACGAGUACAAGAAACGGGUCGUCCUCGAGGGGCUCCUGCAGCGGAACGGCCGUCGCGCGGCAGGUUUCUCGUAG